AUGAUCGCCAGCACUCAGCAAAACAUGCCCUCUGACAUGAAUGGUGUGGCUUACCAUGGUCCUCCACGUAACUGGAGAGGCAUUGGGAUAGCUUUGAUGGUGAUCCUGAUGAUCAUUUCACUGGUCAUCCUGUCUGUCAUCAUGCUCACUCCUGAUGAUUCUCUUCUUCUCCAGCGCUCCUGUCUUACUCUGGAGGACCUGGACAAAGACAAUUUCAAAGUUCAUGACGCCCAUGUGACCUGGCUCAACGAUGAUGAGGUGGCCUUUCGCACCAGGGAAGGGCACAUCCUGAAACACAGCCUGAGUGAGAACCUCACCAUCGCUCUGCUGGGUGGCAGCAUCCUAAAUCUGAAUGACACAAAGUUUCAAGUGUCACCAGACCAGAAGUAUAUUCUGCUGGCGUACAACUUGCAUCUGGUGUUCUCAAAAUCAUUUUCAGCUUCCUAUGUAAUUUACAGUGUGGGGACAGGGGAAUUUCUUGAGCUAAACCCACACAGAGUGAAGCCAUCUGCUCUUCAAUAUGCCGCAUGGGGUCCCCAUGGAAAUCAUUUGAUCUACAUCUUUCAGAAUAACCUCUACUACCAGCCUGGUGUGUACAGUGGUCCUGUGCGUCUCAGCACUACAGGCAGUGGGUCUGUUAUCAACGGGCUGUCAGACUGGACAUAUGAGGAAGAGAUCCUCCAGACGUACCCUGCCUACUGGUGGUCUGGAGACGGGGUACGGCUGGCGUACCUGUCCAUCAACAACACACACACACCCUAUGUGGAGAUCCCUCGUUUUACUGGAGGGCCAUACCCCACAGGAGCCUACUAUCCAUACCCUAAGGCAGGAGAUAAUAUCCCUGCAGUUACUCUUUACGUGGUGAACGUCUUCAGCCCUGCUCACACUCUGAGGAUGACUGCUCCAGUCUCAUUCAAAAACAGAGGUCAUUACAUCUCCAUGGUGAAAUGGACCAGUGGGACCAGGCUGGCUGUGCGUUGGUUGAACCGGGUCCAGAACCAGUCUGUUCUCUCUGUGUGCGAGGCCACCACUGGUAUCUGCUCACAGGAGGCGCCCCUCUUCUCUAGAGACGGCUCCAUGUUCUAUGUCACUCUGCCUGCGGCACAAGGGGGUCAUGGAGAGUAUCGACACAUAGCUGUCCUCCCUACUCAGGUCAGAGUUGCGUUUCAGCCUUAUCUACCUUGCUUUAUCUUAUUUGGCCCAAGCCACUGGGAUGUGAUGUCACUCAGUGGCCUGGAUGAAGACGCAGAGAAAAUAUACUUCAUCAGCACAGAGGCAUCCAAACACAGCAGACACCUUUACAGACACUGUCUUACCUGCACACUCUCAGAGACCUGCCGCUUCUACAAGCCACAGUUCAACCCCAGCCUCACUCGCGUUAUCCUCCACUGCUUGGGGUACAAGGUUCUGGAAGACAACAAGCCUCUGUCUGAGGCCCUGAAGGGCAAACGGCUCCCCAUCACACACUACAGCACCAUUACAGCUGACCACUAUGAUAUGCAUCUAAAGCUGGGUCUACCACAGGGGUAUGAAGAAGGCCUACAUCCUCUCCUCAUCAUCGUGGAUGGAGCCCCUGACACUCAGGCAGUCACAGACCGUUUCUCUCUGGGCUGGCCCCAGGUCCUCUCCAGUAUCCACAGUGUAGCUCUGGCCUGGGUGGACGGCAAAAGUGGGGCGGCACACGGCCUGAGGUCACCUAACCUUGACCCCAGGAAACUCAGCUCCCAGAGAGUCAAAGACCUGCUGAGCGUAGUAGAAUAUCUGUCACUAACUACAAAAACAAUUUCAGAACAAUCUGAGAUUGUGGUUGUCGAAAUCCUCUUUCUUGUGCUUUUUGAGGUGGAAAGACCCCAAUGUAUUCUUUGCUACAGGUGGUUGUUGGAGUUGCCGUACAUUGAUAACAGAAGAAUUGCACUGUAUGGAAAGGCAUUUGGUGGACUUCUGACACUGAAGAUGAUGGCAGCAGCCAACAUAUUUAAAUGUGCUGCAGUGAUGGCUCCAAUCACAGACUUCAAAAUCUACAAUGCUGCUUUCUCUGAGAGACACUUGGGUCUUCCAACCACUCAGGAGAGCUUCUACAAGGAUGCCUCUUUGCUGGAUGAUGUGGUCAAUCUGAGGGACAAGAACUUCCUCCUUUUACAUGGAACCGCAGAUGCACAUGUCCACUUCCAGCACACUGCCGAGCUCAUAGACCGUCUGGUGUCAGCAAAGGCCAACUACUCUCUGCAGAUUUACCCUGACGAGGGCCACGUUUUGAGACGGAGCCACAGUGAUCAGCACUUCCGGCGCACCCUAACAAACUUUCUCCAGGACUGUCUGGCUCCUAUGCCCCCUCAAAAGUCUGAUGGACAGGAGGAUGACUGAGAGCUACCCUCCCAAACAUUUACAUCCAACAACAAAACACCAGAACACCAUACUUCCAUCCUUUUGACCUUGAGGACCUUGAGGAUUUUGCAUGAGGGAAAUGUGAAAAGGCAUGUAGUGUGAAGGGAAAGCAUGCUCUCAAAUGUCUCAUGUUGAGUAGAGUUUGCAUUUUUGUAUUUAAAUGGCUGACUAAACUCAACUCCAUGGUGAAGGAAGUUAAACUUCCUUGGAGUUUAGUCAUCUAGUAUUUAGCAUGACCCAUAUUGCAGAACCUGAUUAUUGCAAAGAUCCUUAAGAAUUUGUUCUUGUUUCCUAAGUGCAUUUGAGAUGGUAAUAAAUCAUUUGAUGUUAUCUGGUGGUGAUAGUUUGUUUAAAUCAAAUCGAAUAAAAUUUUAUUUGUCACAUGCUUCGUAAACAACAGGUGUAGACUAACAGUGAAA